AUGGCGCUGGCUUUCGUACUUCUGAUUGGUGAAUUCAUCUACACAUGCGCUCAAGAUGUGAAGAAGUCGAAAGCUCACCCAAAGACAUUCGCCGAGGCAGCAACCACACGCCUGAAGAGGGUGUUCUCCCGGAGUGCCUUAUCCAUGUCAGAAUUUCCUGCCGCCUCUUCUGCCCUGAAGCUUGCUGUGGAGUAUGUGAACGAGAAUGGGCUCGUUCCCAACGUUAUUCUUGAGUACAUCGAGAACACAACAACAGCACUGGCUUUCCUGGACAUGAUCCAACAUGAAUGCUACCAAGCAAAACAAGGUGUUGUGGCCAUUAUGGGACCAAUCUUAUCGUCACAAGUAAAAGCCAGUAGUCCUGUGAGUACUGGGCUGUCCUUACCGCAGAUCGCCCCUGAAGCGACCGACCCCACCUUAGGGAACGCCCAGCAGUACCCCCAGCUAAUCCGCAUCUCCUGGCCAGACAGCGUGCUCAGCAAGGCUCUCAUCGACCUGCUGGAGCAUUUCAGUUGGGACCAGAUGAGCAUCUUCGUCUCCAACGAUGACUACGGCGUGCAUGGCCUGGUGGACUUUCAGCUCAUCGCAGGUGAGAAUGGAUGGCGCAUCCACACCAUACAGUCGUUCGACCCGACAGAGAAUGCUGCAGACAUCGUGGUGCAGUCACAGCUGGGUGUCAUCAAAGACACAGGAGCCCGGAUUAUUGUCCUGCACUGCCUGGCAUCAUACGCAGCUGAGAUCUUACGAGUAGCCAGCACCAUGGACAUGACAGGAGCCGGCUGGGCCUGGGUGGUCAGCGAUGGGAUCACCGGACUCGAUUUGUUUGACACGACCAAUGGGACAGCCAACGUACCAGAUUACCUUCAAGGUCUGCUUGGGCCGAUUCCUCCCUCUACCAACGGUGCCCACAGUCAGGAUUUCAUGACGAAAUGGAGGGCCGCCGACCCAGCGGUGUACCCGGGAGCAGGAGUUGGCGAUAUCGGGCCGUACACCGCCCGAUGGGCAGACGCGGUCCUGGCUCUCGCACAAGCCUUACGGAACCUUCAGGAAGACGGCGUCACGGUGACUCCCCAGCCUCUGGACUGUGGCUGCGACGGAAGCGACUCACAGCCAUGGGCAGACGGGCCAACCAUGCUGCAGUACCUAAAACAGGUUGAGACAGACGGAGUGACCGGUAAUAUUCGCUUCGACUCAACGUCAGCCCGCUUGGACGCGGAGUACAACAUCGUGAAUUUGAAAAGCGAUGGCUGGCAGAAAGUCGGCACUUGGAACCUGACGGCGAGGUUGGACAUUCACCCCGACGCAGAUAUCAGAUUCUCCGGUGGGGCGACCACAGUCGUCCCGUACAUGUCUGACUUGAGUAACAGGACCCUGCGGGUAGUCACCAUCGCUGCAGACGGCUUCGUGGAGAUAUCAGACGUCGAUAGGGACGGUAAUAACGUAACGGGGAACGACAGAUUCCAGGGAUUUUGUAUGGAUCUUUUCUCGUGGAUGUCCACUGAGCUCGGGUUCAAGUACGAGUACUACGAAGUUGAGGAUGGACAGUACGGCCUUUACAACGCACAGACAGGAAAGUGGUCGGGACUGGUCGGAGACGUACUGGAUGGGAAAGCUGAUAUAGCCGUGGCUAUUAUGUCCAUUACUGCCCAAAGACAGGCUGAUGGUGACUUUACGCUUCCGUACUAUGACAACGGAAUCACGUUUGCCAUGAAGAAAACAGAGGCAAGGACUUCAAACACCUGGGGCUUCAUCAGUCCGUUCCAGGGAGAACUGUGGGCUACCAUACUGCUGACGGCUUUGGCGGUGGGACUCUUUCAGGGAGUGGCCAACUUCGCAACAAAAGACAUGGACGAGGAAAAUGAUGAACCUGCAAAAGAAGACGAUGACAAGGAGACGGGUUUCUGGGAGGCUGUGUGGCAGUCAUUCGUGGCUCUGGUGCAGCUGGGUCCGGAGUUCCUACCAAGGUCGUUAUCAGGCCGUAUUUCUGCGUUCUUCUGGGGAAUCGGCAUCCUUGUGGCCAUCUCGACUUACACCGCCAACCUGGCGGCUUUCCUGACCGUCAGGAACGUGGACAACUCCAUCAGCUCUGCCGAGGACCUUCUCUCACAGACGGAAAUCUCCUACGGUGCUAUAAGCACCUACUCAUCAUGGGUGAGCUUCAGGACCACCACAACCGAACCGUACCAUUCUCUGGGAGUCGCCAUGCAGGCUAAGGCAGAGUCAGUCCUCGUGGAGAACUUACAGGAGGGUGUUGAGAAGAUGCGACAGGAGAAAUAUGCGCUGUUCACCGACAGCGCUGAACUGGACUACAUGGCCAGUCGUCAGCCCUGUGACCUACAGACCAUCGGGCGGCUGUUCUGGCAGACAGGGUACGGGAUGUUUCUACCGAAGAACUCCAAGUACACCGUGGAGUUCAACCACGCUAUUGUCAGUGCAGAGGAACGGGGAGUAGUAGAUGAGCUGGACGUUAAAUGGAUCAAGAGCCAGGAGUGUUCCGGUACGGACCAGACUGUACUGGAAUCCUCUGUGAUCGGACUACAGGACAUGUUGGGUGUGUUCGUGCUGGUGUAUGGAGGCAUGGCGCUGGCUCUCAUUGUUCUCAUCUGUGAAUUCAUCCACUCCUGUAACCGAGAUGCGAAGAAAUCAGACCCCCAUAAGCCUAUGACAGUCACAGAGGCAGUGAAGACACGUCUGAAGAGGAUAUUCUCCCGUCGGAAGAACAGCAGCGUCAAGACCCAGCAGGUCCACCCUUCUCACAUCCACCCGAACACCGCCUUCAUCGUGGACCUGGAGCAGGAUUAACCCUCGUCCUGCUAGACUUUUUUACACAAUAUUUUCAAGUAAUUUGAAGUCUUAAUCAGGUCACAGACCCUUGACUUUUUUUUUUGCUCUGCGGCGGCGUAGUUACUUCCGCAUUCGUUGCGUUUCGCUGCGGUGUGCUGUGUUGAACGAGAAACACCCCCAAAUCGCACAUACACAGGGCACUAUAUAGAUGGCCAUAGAUGGUACUAUAUGUGCAACCCAUAUAUGCAUGGGUCCCGCAGCUUUUACAUUAUAGAAGACGUGCCUUUCUGUUAGGCAUAAGAAAAUCGAUGUUGUGUUUCCUGUUACGGUCCUAAAUGUGUCUUUGUUUAAAUUUUAGCCAAAGCCAUCCAACAAGGGCAGUUAACACUAGAAAGAUAACAUUUGCAAAGCAAAUGCAUAAUGUUUCCUUCGCAUAUGAUCUGCUCUGUUAAUUUUGAUGUGUGGGAGUAUGACAGGGGCUAGCCUGUAUAUACGCCCUAGCUAGCUAAAUAUUUGCCAGCUGAAUGACCAAUAGGUAUGCCCGACGCAUUUCUGAUCAUAUAAUGUCUGGUACGAUUGGUUCAAUUUCUAUUGCCUCUGGCCAAUCAGAAUUCAAUUACGUAAUACUAUGUAUACAUGGAUAAAUCAAUUCGAGUUCAUGUUUAGCCUACAUGCUCAGUAAUGAUUGGCCAGCGUAACAUUUAUUGACCAAUGUAUGUGCAGCUACCAUGGCGUUGAAUAAAAUUACAGCAUUUAU